AAACAUAGAUGCGCAUAGAUCGAGAAUACGUGGUGGGAACAGCAGAAAAAUAGGCUUAGACACAUGAAUGAAUGAAUGCCCCACACAACACUCACUUAACAACACAUCACUUUCUUUUCUAUCUUUUCUUCCAUUUUCCCUAAAAAACCAUUACACUAAUUAAUUAUCAUUAUUAUGCUUUCUUCUUCAACACCCACAUUUCUCUUUUCAGAUUCAACAACUUUCACUUCUACUUUGCUUCCAUCUCCACCUCUUAGGUACUAGGGUAUCAUUUCUAAAGCAUACUUUGGUUGAUUGAUUGGCAAUGGGAGGUGCAUUAGGAAAGGAUGAAUCACCCAAAAAGUCUUGGACACCAGAAACCAAGCUUGAGGCUAAAAUGGUUGAAGCAAUGCAACGGAGGGAAUGUCACGGAUGUUCAGUGAAAUCAUUCAACACUAUAAUUCUAAAAUUCCCAAAAAUUGAUGAGAGCUUCAGAAAAUGCAGAGCCAUCUUUGAGCAGUUUGAUGAAGAUUCUAAUGGGGCAAUAGAUCAAGAAGAGUUGAAGAAGUGUUUCAGUAAGCUGGAAAUUUCAUUUUCUGAGGAAGAGAUCAAUGAUCUUUUUGAAGCAUGUGAUAUUAAUGAUGAUUUGGGAAUGAAGUUCAAUGAGUUUAUUGUACUUCUUUGCCUUGUCUAUCUUCUCAAGGAUGACCCUGCAGCUCUUCAUGCUAAAUCACGAAUUGGCAUGCCAAAUCUAGAGGCCACAUUCGAGACAUUGGUCGAUACAUUUGUAUUCUUAGACAAGAAUAAGGAUGGAUAUGUCAGCAAAAGUGAAAUGGUCCAAGCUAUAAAUGAAACUACAUCAGGGGAGCGUUCAUCUGGAAGAAUAGCAAUGAAAAGAUUUGAAGAAAUGGAUUGGGAUAAAAAUGGAAUGGUGAACUUUAAGGAGUUUCUUUUCGCGUUUACACGGUGGGUUGGAAUUGAUGAAUUUGAGGAUGAGGAAAAUGCAGAGGCCUGAAAAUCAUGUCAUCUAAAUGUCUUUGGCUGUCUCUUCUGCUAAUAGCCUGUAGCAUUGUGCUUCAGCCCAAACACAAAGGCUUCUCUGGUUUUCACUUGCAAAUAAAGGCCAAGUUGCUUCACUUUGAAUUAUUAUUUUAAUGAAAUUAUCAUUCCUGGUGUAAAUAGUAAGUAUAUAACUAAGUGUUAUAUUGUUGAAGAUAUAGUCAAACUUACCUGUUAAAUCCUACUACCUUAUAAUUUUGUAUUGGCUUCUUGACCAUAAAAUCCUUUAUAUCACAUGUUGGCACGCAAAUUAUCCAA